GUCCAUAAAUUUAAUUGUCCCAGCUCCUCAUCAACAAAUUCUGCACAGAAAACUGGAGAGCUUCAAAGAUGGAGUAUGAUUACGGCGAAGCACAGGAUCCGGUCCCUCUGAGCCUUCCGGUUGGUUUGGUUCUUUUGUUCACAUUUUUGCUCUGCAUGUGUUGUUUUUUUUCUUGUUGCCUUCACUGGGAAAAGCUCCGAUCACUUAUCGGCCACCGCUAUCCUCCCCUUCUGCCGGUAAACACCGCCUUCUCGCCGCCCGACAAAAUUUCCCCGGUCCAUACGAAGAUAUGGAAGGAGACUCCGGCGCAGAGCUUGUCGGUUUUGAUGCCCGGCGACGAGGUUCCGAGGUUUAUAGCAAUGGCAUGUCCGCCGUGUGCGGCGGCGUUGGUGGUGGUUGAAGAACAGAAGCCUUCAAGGAGUAUUCCGGAUUCUUCUGGAGCUCUGUCUUUAAGAAACUAGAAAUGGAACUAAUGGGCCGUGGGCCCAUUAAAAAAUCCAGCCCAACGUGGAGCCGCGUGGGAAUGACGUGGGAGGGAAAGUGGAAGUUGAACGGAAUACGGUGAAUGAAGUCCGAAGUCGCACGCGUGGGCAGAUUUUAGUGGGGGUGUACGUGUACUUUACACGUGCCGUUUCUUGUGCAU